AUGGAAAAAGAAACAUUAAGCAUAGAAAAUGACGAUUUCGUUACCGGAAGUAAAUUAAAUCAAUAUCUGGCAACUUUGGCGGCCGCUUUUGGAGCUUUCACCGUUGGUACAAUUUUAUCAUGGAGUUCUUCUGCUUUGCCAAUGUUGCAAAAUUCCACGACGACUCCUUUCGAUGAACCCAUUACAGAAAGCGAAGGAAUGUGGGUUGGAUCACUCGUAGCAAUCGGAGCUUUGAUCGGAGCUUUUCCAGCAGGGUAUUUGGCGGAUAAAAUCGGAAGGAAAAAUCUUCAAUUGACAUUAUCCGUUCCAUUCAUAAUUUCAUGGAUUAUUAUUAUUCUAUCCAAACAAAUCGAACUGCUUUAUUUUGCCCGACUCUUAGCUGGAGUCGCUGUUGGUGGUAUAUGCGUUGUUGCUCCAUUAUAUAUCGGAGAAAUAGCUGAAACUUCAAUAAGAGGUGGUUUAGGCUCAUAUUUUCAGCUUUUACUCACCAUAGGAAUAUUAUUUUCUUAUUUAAUCGGUGCAUUGGUUAAUUACGUAUGGUUAGGCGGGAUAAGCUGUAUCGCUCCCGUUAUUUUCUUAAUUGCUCUUUUUUUCAUGCCUGAAACGCCUUUUUAUUUGAUAUCUAAAAAUAAAAAGAAUUUGGCUGAAAAAUCAUUGAAAUGGCUACGUGGAAAUUUAGUCAACGUCGAACUGGAAUUAAAUAAAAUAGAGGUUGAGGUGACGGAAGCGGCACAAAAUAAAGGUACAUUUAAAGAUUUGAUUUCGAAAAAAUCUAAUGUCAACGCUUUGGUCAUUUCAUUGGGCCUCAUGCUUUUCCAACAGCUUUGUGGUAUAAAUGCCGUCAUUUUUUAUGCUGCUGAAAUAUUUCGAAUUGCUGGUACAGAUUUAGAUCCUUUCGUUUGUGCCAUUAUCGUCGGCGUUUCUCAGGUUGUGUUUACUUACGGUGCGACACUUUUAGUAGACAGAACCGGAAGAAAAAUAUUAUUACUAUUAUCAUCAGGUGUUAUGAUCGUUUGUCUCUUCGUGUUGGGUAUUUACUUUCAAUUAAAAGAAAACGACGAAUCAUCCGUUAAAAGUAUCGGAUGGCUUCCGCUACUUUCUGUCAACGUAUUCGUCAUUUGUUUUUCACUUGGUUUCGGACCACUACCUUGGAUGAUGAUGGGUGAAUUAUUUUCAACGUCAAUUAAAGAAAUGGCGAGCGCAAUGGCAGUCGUCAUGAAUUGGGUAUUAGUUUUUGCCGUAACGAAAACAUUUUCCGAUCUUUUAUCCGCAUUGGGAAAAUCCGGAGCUUUUUGGUUAUUCGGUGGCAUUUCGUGCAUAGGAUUUCUUUUCGUUUGUUUCGUCGUUAAAGAAACGAAGGGAAAAAGUUUUGGAGAUAUACAGAAAAUGUUAGGAGGUUGA